CACCCGGCACAAGGCAGAGAAAGAGAAGAAAAGAGCCGUAGAAGAACAGGAGAGACGAGAGGACAUCAGUGUACAGUGAAGCUUCAGACAAGACGAGGAACCUCUGGAUUCAACAUCUGGCAUCAAGGACCAGAAGAAAAACACAACCAAAACAACCUUGACUGUUCUUACCAUCACACACACACACACACACACACACACACACACACACACACACACACACACACACACACACACACACACACACACACACACACACACACACAUCGGGCAGCAGCAUGUUUGAGGAGCAGGCGACCAAGGUCAAGAUCACGUCUGUGGUGAUCGUGGUGGGCAUGUCGGCGAUGCUGGCGGCGGUGGUGACCGACCACUGGGCCGUGCUCAGCCCCCGCGUGGAGAAGCUCAACGCCACCUGCGAGGCAGCCCACUUUGGCCUGUGGAGGCUCUGUAAGAAGAGCAUCUUCAUCGUGGAGGAGGACCCCCAGGGCAAAGGUUGCGGCCCCAUCAGCUUACCUGGAGCAAAAAACUGUUCCUACUUCAAACACUUCACAUCGGGGGAAGAGGCUGAAGUUUUUGAAGUCAAGACCCAGAAAGAGUACAAUAUCUCAGCAGCAGCCAUCGCCAUAUUCAGUCUGUUCUUCAUGAUUCUGGGCACUCUCUGUGUCAUCUUCUCUUUCGGGAAGGGCCGUGACUACCUGCUCCGACCCGCCGGGAUGUUCUUUGCCUUCGCAGGCCUUUGCAUCAUCAUUUCCGUCGAGGUGAUGCGCCAGUCUGUCAAACGUAUGAUCGCCAGUGAUGAGACCAUCUGGAUUGAAUACUACUACUCCUGGUCCUUUACCUGCGCCUGCGCCUCCUUCACUCUUCUAAUCCUCAGCGGAGGCGCCCUGCUUCUCAUCUCCAUGCCCCACAUGCCUCGCAAUCCUUGGGAGACCUGCAUGGACGCCGAUCCGGACACCUUAGAAUAGACACAGGGGAUGUAACAGGCAUAGUUGAAAUACAAAAAAUGAAAUAAAAUAAAACACACAGGCUCCCUAUACCGUCCCACAUAUUUAUCAAUCCUAUUUUCCAAAGCAUUAACUCUUGUGCACAAAGAUGCCUCUGACAGAAAACAGCCAUAAAAAAUAUUAAUAUCGUGAUAUUAUUUUACAUUUCCACUGAGUUAAUAGCAGUGAAAUCAAAGAAUGCUGUAAAAAUUGGUUUGAAUUGGGACAUUUCUAUCUAAUAAAUCCCCCAGUGGUGCAUCAGGGUGAAAGAGGUUUUAGUCUGGUUUCCCAAGAAUAAAAAUACAGACAUACAACAAACAGAUAAGACAGGUUCAAACCUUGAGACUAAAAUUUCAUAAAAGUUAAAGAGCCUUAAGAGAGAUUCAAAGUCUGGACUACCUGAUCAUGUGAAACAAGGAUAGUAGAAGAGUGUAUCCCUCCGCCAAGGCCCGACUCUCCACUUGAAUUCCCUAGAACUGGAUUUUUUCUGUGCAUUACAUCAUGACUGUGGCUCUCUAUAACUGUGGGUUAUGAAGCAAACCUUUACAUAAAAUAUACCAUAAGCAUCCAUUUAGAAUUUCUUUCAAAAUAUUGAUGUUUGUAAUGUUUUAUCAUUAAGUUAUAUUACUUUUCUUUCUGUUUGCCCAAAGCUAAAAACAUAUUUAGGGUAAGUAUGCUAUAGACUUUAUACACUUUAAUUAUUGCAUAUGAUUGUAAAAUAGUAGCUUAAAGCUUGAAGAUUGUUCUGUUCUGUAGACUGUACAUUGUUGCUGUCAGAUGAAAAUCCCAUUGCAUUAUUUUUUUUAAUUACAGUCGCAUUCGAAUCCUAGCUGACCUUUUCAGUUUUCUCGUUUUAUUUUUCAAUCUGGUUUCACCUGACGGCAGCAGGAAUUCUUAUUUCCUGUGUAUACGUUACACAAAGGUUGUAUAUUCUUAGCAAAACAGUCAUCUUCGUCGUAACAGGUUAUAUUUGAAUUAUUUCUCUGGCCCUGGAGCCAGUCAGCUGGUGCAGGUGCAGUGGAAUUAAAGUUCCCUAAAUACAGGGAAACAAGAAGUGAUUAGUUUUGGCUCUGGGGUCCGACUGAGAAGAACAUUUCCAUUUUUCUUACUGCCAUCAAAAAAAAAAAUGGGACUUGGUAAUUGUACAGGUUUAUAUUUUAGAAAAUUGAAACAAUAACCUGACAGUUUUUUUAUUGACUAUUUUAUAUAAUUUGCAGUGUCAUGUUCAGCUGGACAGGAACCAGCUGUUAAUUUGAAGUGAACAGCGUAGAAAUAAGAGAUGUUUUCUUUGAAGAAAAUAUUCACCUCAUUGUUAACAACUUGCCAGACUAUUUAUUUUAGAUUUGUGAAGUCGAUGUCCGUGAUUGUCUUUUUUCUUUCCCCAAGGGAACUUAAAUAAAACUAUAAAGGUCAUGAUGGUAUGACUUUUUGUGCACAGUGCAAAGCAAAAGACUUUUAUAGCAUUGGUUUUCCCCACACGUAAUAUUUACCAUCACUCUUUUAAUAAGUUAAUAUGAACUAAGGCAUAAUCAUGUUAUUUCCCCUCUGCUUCCAUUCUGUUCACACACAGCAUCAAAUCAAGUAAGGUUGCAGAUUUCCUUGUUUGGCUUUUAUAUGUUAAUCUACUGACAAAGGGUCAAUGUAUGUAUUUAUUCAGGAAAUAAAAAAUGGCUUUUUCCAGUCUUUUCUUUACCAGACGUUCGGCGAUCCUCGUGUCGUUGCUCACACAUUCACACACAAGAGUCACACUCAGUGCAGGAACCUCUCAACCAGAAGAAGAGGUUCAAUUGAGAGACAAAUCUAUUGGAGAUGCUCCAGAGACCUUACACACUGCAGGUCAGAGCUUUCCACGAGAGGAUGUAAUAGAUGCACAAAGUUCCUUAAAUCAUUCAUCUGAUCUUAGAGCAGUGAGAAGAGCACGGGCAGAGCGACCACUGAAUCCCAGCCGUAUGUCCUCUCUAACAACUGCAUGUGUUUAGAUCCCUGGAAUUCCCCCUAUUAAAUAUACAUUUACCUGUUUACAGAACAUGCAAGGAACAACGUGUUUCGUAUUCUGUGACUGAAAAUAACACACAAAAAGGUUGUGCUCAUGGAUCACACAUUUUUGUGCCCAGGCUGGAAUAAAAGCUGGACGAGGACACGGACACAUUGGAAGCGAAUGUGUUUGCAGAUGAUGUUGAAUGUUGACUGUGCAAACUAACCUGGUAAAAACAGGAUUUACACAUUGUGAACAGACGGAUGUGGCUCUGUAAAUAAUUAAAAUUUGCUUAACAGAGAGAAAAAUCAAUAAAGCAGCAAAUACGGGUGUCCGUGCUGUUGAAUGUGUAAUUGUUGUU